CUUAUUUACUUCUCCGAAUCAUCUUUCUGUUAAAUCAGUAAUUUACAUGGGUUGUUUCUACACGAUCUACCCACCAAGCAACAGCUGAGUUCUGAGAUGUAACACUCACAAAAAGCCAUAAGCUAGGCUUCAGCGGGUUUCCGUAAACUUAAGGUGGGCUUGGAGCAGAACGUCACUUCCGGGUGUAGCCAAGCGCUAUGGCCGCUAACGAGGAGCGGAGGCGGCGGCCGGGAGUUGGAGUUGGCGUGGUGGUGGUUAGCUGCGAGCAUCCUCGCUGCGUCCUGCUGGGGAAGAGGAAAGGGUCGUUUGGAGCCGGCAGCUUCCAGCUUCCUGGGGGCCAUUUGGAAUUCGGGGAGACCUGGGAAGAGUGUGCACAGAGGGAGACGUGGGAAGAGGCUGCACUUCGCCUGAAAAACGUGCGCUUUGCCUCCGUGGUAAACUCUUUUGUUGAGGAGGAAGAUUACCAUUACGUCACCAUACUCAUGAAAGGGGAGGUGGACACGACUGGGGAUUCGGAGCCAAGGAAUAUGGAACCUGAAAAAAACGAAAGCUGGGAGUGGAUUCCUUGGGAAGAAUUUCCUCCCUUAGACCAGCUUUUCUGGGCUCUCCGUUGUUUAAAAGAACAAGGCUAUGAUCCAUUUAAAGAGGACCUGAGCCACCUGGAAGGGUACAGGGGAGAGCACCUCGAAAAGAACAAGAAAAUUCCUUGAUUAAAAACAAAAAAGCCUUAGUGAAGAU